UUCAUAGUAAUAUAUCAGUAAUAUAACUGUUAAAUGCCAUUUUCAUUAAGCCUUUUAUUUCUUACUGAACACACUAUGCUAUGCUAUUAUACGGUUAACCUGGGUGAAACCGAUUGAGGCAGUGGAGAAGAAAAAAAAAGUAUGCACCAGCAAUGGCAGAGGAGGGGAAGCUAAAGUUGGAUAAUAUGCUUUCUGUCAAAUAAAAGUAACUUUUACAGAUUUCUAGUGAAGAUUUAACUAUGUAACAAUAAAAUAUCUGCUCGAUUUAUUGAAAUAUCUCUUAAUUUAAAAGUGCUCCGACAUGUUUGGAGUCGUCCCCACCGGUGUUCUGUCAGAUCAGCACACUCUGCGAUGGCAUAUGCUUAACACAAACUGACGGCUAUAUGUAUCUGUCAUUACCAUAUGAUUUUAUGUAAGCAGCAACAUCAUCAUGACGCAGAAAUUAGAUAAUGCGCACGUAUGUUAUUCUGGCCAUUAUUAGCCACCAAGGUGGAAUUAAAAACAUACAGUUAUUAGUGAAAACAGCUGGAUUAACUUUUGGGUUUACACAGAUCUGCUUCAUGUUGUCAGGUAUCAGGUUGCGCUGAGGGGAGAGCUGGUGAAAACAAGACUGAACAGUGUGAUCUCUCCUGGUGUCCCAAAAAGUGAUGUUUUACAUUUGUUCAGGGUUAUUAGCUGCUAAACAUAUAGUCAAUGUCCUAUUAUUUUUUCUUAUUUGCUGUGAAAUAUUUGGUGAUUGUCCUAAAUAAAAUAUUUUUGCACACAUUGUACAGGUUAUUUUCCACAUAGGAAAAAAAUGACUCAAAUUGUAUCACUUUUUUCCCUGAAAGAUCUGAAAGAUGGAUGAGUUUGUAAAACAGAAGCUGACUGAAUGGAAACUUUCUGACCUAAUCCCUGCUUUUGAAGCUGAAAACAUUGAUGAAGAAAGCUUCUUUCUUUUGGAUGCUAACUGCCUGACAUCCCUGAUUCCUCACCUUGGUCCUCGUCUGAAAUUUCAACGUCAUUUUGCAAAAUUUCUUGAGAACAUCCGUGAGAUCCUCAGUGCCUCCCCUGAAGGUAGACCUGUGGUUAUCAGUCUUGAUGGAAAUCAGCAUAUAUCCAUUCGUGAAAGACGGUGCAUGGUCAGAACACUUGUGUCACACCUGAUGGAUCAAUAUGGAGAAAACCCAUCUUCAGACACUAAAGCAAUUCUGGCAUCUUCGAUUGUGGACCAGUUUCCAUGUUUAAGAGACAGCCAUGGCACAGGAUAUGACGCCUGGUUUACCUGCGGAAGACAACACAGGCCAGCAACUGGCUUUCUGGAGGAGCGUCUCCGUAAUGUAAGGAAAAGGCAUCAACCAAGGAAGAAGAUGCUUUCAGCCCCAGAAGCUCCACCAAAAAGAUCAAGUUUGCCUGAACCAACCAUCAGUGCUGAGCGUGCCAUCCAGAUGACAGAAUGGCUAAAAAAUAACUUCUGGCCCGCAGACCAGGUUGUCCAAUACAGGCGGGAAACUGCAGUAUAUCGCGCAGGAUGGAUCCGCUCAAGUGGGACAAUCCCAAUGCAGCAGAUUUUUGCAGAGUUCCCACGUUUGUUGGACACACCAGGGAUGAUUUUGCAGGACUUUGCCGUUUUAUAUCCACAGUCUUGUGGAAAACUGACAGAGAACUGGAACACCUUGUUCUCAUCAAAGGUCAUUCGCAUGGGGAAGAAGGAGGAGAGCGGUCUUCUGCCUGAGAUUGAGUUGCUUCCACAAGACAAACAAGGUGACGUGGCACUGCAGCUGCUGCCAAAACUCCUCCCUGCUGUUCCCUACAGAGUUGGGCGAAAGGUGGUCAGACCCAGCAACCUUGAAGUCCAGCAAGCCUUCAUUGAUGUCCAGCCAAUUGGGACAAAUAUGGUGGAAUAUCUUGGAAGUACAGCAACAGAGCAUCCACGUGUUCUCAUGCUUGGGGACAGGUAUUGUUGUUCCCAAGCAUUUGUCGUCAUAAAUGGAACUGCUUUGGAAUAUCCAUCUCUUUUGGGGGCCGUUGAUGGCUGUUUCAAAUCAUUCUUUGUUUUUGAUGUGAGUUAUCCGAAGUCGUGUAUCCAGAUUUGGGAUUUUCUCCAAACUGUGAUAUAUGAAAUCCCAGGAAACGAGUCACCCCCGAUAAAAUUAAUGAGGGCACAGUUGGAGGCCAUGGAAGAAUAAAUGCAAUUCUUCAAUAACCCUUAAAUAAGUUUUAAAUGUUCUGAUUGAAAAACCUUCUUUGUUACUAUGUUACUAUU